GGCAGAGCAGUAUAGAACAGUACGAUAGAAGAGUUGUUUGUGUUAGCCACUUGACAGCACAGUACUUUACUAGACAGUCUAUACCACAUGGAGAGUCAUAGACUGAGGCCUGAAAGAGAGGCAGAGGUGUUGUGUCUUCUCAGGUUUCAGUUUAAAGCUCACAGCUAACACCAGAACAAAUCCCACCUGCACUGUCUGAAACACCCAAAAUUACCCAUUUCGAAAAAGUCAAAAUGUAAGUGCGCAUAGGGCCUGAGAGGACUGUGAGAGAGAAAGGUGAAAAACAAAAGAAAGUUAAAGAGGAAAGUAGUAAAGAGCAAAUGGUACCAUCUUCUCAGACUCAGUCUGCACUCUUCAGGCCUCUUCUUAAGUGACCCUCAGUCGGUCACUCUCUCUCUCUCUCUCUCUCUCUCUCUCUCAGAGUCAUCUCUAUUGUCUAUUAAAGAUGGCAGAGACAUCAGAUAAGAGCAGCAACACAGGCAGCAGAUGAGAAGCAGUAGCAGUCAUAAUACAGAGCAGACUCAGGGGAGAGGUGGGCAGAAGCAUCAUCAGAGCCAUUCUCUCUCUCAUCGUCACAUUCCGUUCUCUGUUAACAUCAACCAGCUUAAGUCCUUGUUUUUUCUAGUUCUCUGUUUUCUGGGUUUUAUGUUUCUUUCUUGCUUCUCCUCCAUGAUGAACACAAGACAUGGGUCUCCUUUUACUACAUGUCAAUGGCAAGAACUUGAACAUCAAGCUCUCAUAUUCAAGUAUAUGGUCUCUGGAGUUCCCAUUCCAUCUGAUCUCAUUUUCCCUAUCAAAAGAAGCCUGGACUCUCUACUCUCUUCGAGGCUGUUCCCUCACCAACCCACUGGGUGGGGUUGUUUUCAGGUGGACUCUGGCAGGAAAACAGAUCCAGAGCCAGGUAGAUGCAGGAGAACAGACGGGAAGAAAUGGAGGUGCUCGAAGGAAACAUAUCCAGGUUCAAAAUACUGCGAGAGACACAUGCACAGAGGCAGAAACCGUUCAAGAAAGCCUGUGGAAGUCAUAGCAUCAAACCCCUCAACAACCAUCUCAUCAAUCGCUAGAAAUCAGUCAACCCCCUCUCCUUACUCCCUUUCCUCGCUUUCAUCUUCAGUUGCAGCUGAAACUCAUAAUCACCACCAUCCUUACCAUAACGCCUCACCUUAUCCCUUCCAUUAUCCCCACUCUUCUAGACCUCCAGGUAUCGGUUUCUCAUCCCCAAACAACUCUCCGCAUUUGCAUUUAGACACUGGAUCUUACUGUCACGCCGAUAAAGAUUACAGAAGCAGGUAUUCUAAUGGACUGAAGAGGGAUGUGGAUGAGAUUGCCUUCUCUGAAGUCUUAGAGACGGUCAGGAGUGUCCCUGAUUCGCCCUUCGAUAAUCCAUGGCGCUUCACGCCUCUGAGAACGAGUUGCUCCUCUCUAACUCCACCAAAACAGAAGAGUCACUCUGCUUUGCAAGAUGAGUACACUCAAUUGCAGUUGCAGAACUUUACUGAUAUCUCCAAACAUCAACAAGAGCGGGAGAAUCAAGAGCAACACCGCUUUGUUUUCGAUACCGACAUCAAAUCCGAAAGACCCAUGAAAGUGGAGAAGGAAGAAGGAACCCAGCAGACGCUGCUCCACUUCUUCGAUGAGUGGCCACCGAAGAACAGGGAAUACUCCACAACCCAGCUCUCGAUUUCAAUUCCCGUGCCAUCACCUGACCUCCCAGUGUCUAAUUCCCGAACCCAAAAUGGUGGUUGAUGUUGAACUGUUGAACUGUUGAGCUGUCAAAGUGGGGUUUUUUUCGUCACUGAAUCAAGAGAACUACUUUGCUCUGCUCUGUUCUGUUCGUUUAGUGUUGUGAUUGAAGAAAAGUGAGUUGCAGGAGCCAGAAGGAUUCCCUUCUUUUUCAAUUGUUUGUCAUUUGUGCCUGUACGUGUCCGUCCGUAUGUUUGUGUCGUGUGUUCUAGUGCUUAACUUGUUUUUGAUACUCAAAGUUCAGUUAGGUGGCUUCUUGAUAGACCAUUUUUUUUGUUAUUAGCAUCCUUAAAAAGUUGAAACUUCUCAUUAUUAUUUGAA